UAAGGUUAAAUGGAAAAAUGAAUGCUUGCUCUCCUUCUGUUGCUGUAGCUCUAAUGCAAGUAAUUUCACAUAAGCCAUCUGAGGCAGCACAGCAUGAUGUGAGGACUUUGGAACAGGCAAAGGGCGAUGGGAAACAGCAAGCCACUGAGGAGGGCUCCUCUUCACACGCAGAAGAAGAUGGCAAAGGAAGCAGCGCAAACCUCAGGGUAAAAGAUGCACCUGACCGCUCUGUAGGAGAUGGUUUCGCUCUCGAAUUCUCGGCUAUAAAACCGGGCAUUCUUGCAGACAUCAAAUUCGGAGGAUCUGGUUCCUGCCCAAAUCUUCCAUGGGUUUCUACUACUGCUCCAGGUCCAAAUGGCAGGACAAUUUCCGGUGUUACUUACAGAUACAAUGCGAACCAAAUCAGGAUCGUUUGUGCGUGCCAUAGUACCAACAUGUCGCCUGAAGAGUUUGUUCGGCAUGCUAGUGAGGACCCUGGUAAUCCAGAGGGCGGUGCUGGUUUGGCGACGUUUCCGAACACCAAUCCUGCAGCCUCAGCUCAGAGCUGAUUCUGUAGAAAUGCAUGUUCAAGUAAAGAGUGUUUUUUAUUAUUAUUGAGGAAUAUUCUGUGCGAAACUUGGUUCUGUGUGGGGCAUAAGCCUUCUUUCUCUCCCUACUUUUUCCACUGUACUUGUUGAGUUAAACAUGUUUGUUCUACCAGCAAAGUAAGUUCUGCAAUAA